GGCAGAGCAGCAGCAGCAACUGCAGUUGCUGUUACAGCAGCAAUACUUCCAGCAGAUGUAUCAGCAGGCGGGGAUGGGGGGGUACCAAGGGCUGGGACCCUACGAGCUGCAGCAACAUCAGCAGCUAUUGCUACAACAACAACAUCAGCAGCAGCAGCUGUUGCAGAUGCAGCGGCAAGCGGAGGCAGCGGCUGGUGCGGAGCAGCAACGGGGGGCUGCGGCGGUGACGGCGGGCGGUGGAGACGAGGAGAUGCGGGACGUGGCAGACGAGGCGGAGGAGGGCGGGCAGCUGGGUCGCAAG